AUAAAACAUCAGCUAUUAUACGUACACUGAAUCCGGAGAUGUUUGGACCGCUUGUGGAAUUCAAUAUUGCAGUAAACGAUCAGCGUGGACAACCAUGCCAACAAAAAUGCCUAAAUAGUAAAGGAUCGUAUGGGAAUUGCGAAGAUCGGCCAAUUCGAUUAUCAAGCCAUGAGUUUAUUAUUUUCUCAGAUCCUAUCGAAUUUUAUGAGAACCAAAAGUCACUUCUGGAAUGUCAGUGGACUGGAAGAGGAUACUAUCGCAAAAGGAAACGCGAUUUUUUAUUAUUUAUUUGCGAUGAAUGA